UCAAACUAUCAGCUCCUUUCCUUCAGAGGUGCUCUGCUUUUAAGGACUUACUAGGGCGUCAAAGCCAAGCUCUGGUUUUAGUUGGGCUCUUGUAAUUUCUUUUUGCUUGGCUGAUUUCACAUUGCAACAUGCGGAAGCCUGAGAAGAUUUUAUUAUGGACCAUGGUGGCUUCAAUUUUUGUCUUGGGUCAAGCAUGGCCAAAUGUGAAGCUUGGUUCGCAGACAAGCAGCGGGUUGAAGUCAGAUUGUGCAGGUAAUCUGAUGAGGCUGUCUAUGGAUGAGGCUCUUGCUAUGGGGAACCAACUUGAGGUUGAUGCAAUCAAUGUCACCCAGCAUAUUCUAUUGACGCCCAGUCUGGCUGCUCAGUGUGGAUACAGCAUGGAGUCUGACCCAUGGGGCAACACUCGAAUCUACGCAUCUCUCCUGGGUUGCUAUGUGGACAACACAGAUGACACAACAUUUACAGUUGGUUUGAAGCUCCAACUGUACAGAAGUGGUUCAUCUGAAGUGGCUCAUCAUGAAGUGGUGCAGACCUGUAGCUAUACUCGCUGGGCCUCCAAAGAGAUUCUCUGUGACAGAAACUACAUGGAAGCAUCUACUAGGAUGGCUGCACAUGGUCCACAAGCUGAAGCUAAGGGGCAGGUUCGGAAGGAUGAUUCCCAAAUCAAUGCCAUUCCUGGUGCCACAGGUGAUGUCCAUGGAAUCUGGAAAGUGACUUUCUUUACUCCUGAACCUGUAGCAAUGGUGCUCAAGGAAGCUGAACAGGCCGGUUAUAGUGCUAGGACUACAUCAACCCGCCUGGUUAUGCGCAGCCCAUACAAUACAGCAGAGACUUAUUUUGAGGAUGUGGCUGGAGUUCCCAUGGAAGCCUUCAGGGUUAGUGUUUACCACAAAGCUCAACAAGGUCUGAAUGUUGUCAAUUUGGCAGCUGCUUGUCCAAGAGGUGGUGUCCUGUUCACUGAGGACCUAAUCUCAUGGCAUGUGCCUCGCCGUGUUAGCCCUCUAACAGAAGGCAAGGUUAAAAUAGUAGAAAUGCACAUGGGAAUCAAUGGUCAAAGGCUAGAUAAGGCCCAGAUGGCUGCAAGAGGUUACACGCUUGCUACAACAGACUUCCACAUUGUUCAGGAGAUCCCAGUGGGCUCACCUGAUGGCUAUUACAAGAGUCACGCCCCAGAUUACCAGUACCACAUCACCUACAACAUUGAGCCCAUGCUUGAAGUGCUGUGGAGGGCUGAGAACAACCAAGAUGACACCAGAUACAAGGUUUUGUUCCCAAUUAGCACACCGCCAAUGGCUCGCCCCCCUCAUACUGAUGACCGUACCAUCCCAGAGGACCGUGUGUUCACUGUCUAUGUUGGGACCUUCCUUCAUGAUGUGGAGCUGAGAAACAUCACUUUUUCUACUGGAGUCCUUACUGUUGAGGAGAGCAAUGCCAGAGGCCUCACUGUUGAGGAGCAUAUCCUUUCAAAUGGAACAAUUGUCUUCGCUUUACAUGUGGCCUUUGCUUCUGAUGUGGUCCUGAAGCAUAAUCCUGAACCGCUGGCUACAACCUACGUCCUCCCUCUGGUCUUUGGCUUCAUUAUCCAUCCUGAAGCUACUACCUUUGCCCACUCAGUGGAGUUGCAGGCAUCUCUGCAUGACGUUGUGCUGCCUACACUUACUGGCACCUGUGAUGAGAAUCAGUUUUAUGUCAGUGUUAAAUAUGGGAACCAAGGCCACAACUUCCAAACCAUGGUUGGUACCAAAGACUUGACACCUGAGCUGGCACAAAAACUCAAGUUCCUAGACAACGGCACACACUUCAGUAUUGAAGUGCCAUAUGCUGAUGAAGUUACUGCAUUUGAGCUGAUUACCACCAGCUCAAUCAGAGCCAGACUUGAUGUUCUGCUGUGGGACCCCAGAAACCAGUGGGUACUUGGUGACCUCUAUUUGGCCUGCAACUUCCCCUUGCUGACAACCAGGUGCCACCCCAAUGGAACAAUCUCAUCCCUAGCUGUAAAGGUGGAAUCUGUACCCAAUCUAAACCCAAGCUGGCUCACCCUGAAGGACCAGUCCUGCAGACCAGUGUUCAGUGACGAUCGCUUUGCUCACUUUACAUUUAGUGCUGGCUCUUGUGGAACAACUAGGACAUUCUUCGACCACUACAUGCUGUACGAGAAUGAGAUUUCCCUCUAUUACAAUGACAAAGUAGCCCGCAAAUCACCAAUUGACCCUGAUUACAGGCAAAUUAUCUCCUGCUACUAUAUAGUCAACGACACUCAGGCUAUUGCCUUUAGUUCUAAACCAAGACGCUAUGAUCCCAAAGCAGAGAUUGGGUCAGGGCAUCUGAUGGUGCAAAUGAGGUUGGCCCAGGAUCAUUCAUACAACUACUUCUAUCAAGCUGAAGAUUAUCCAGUAGAGAAACAUCUUAGGCAGCCUUUGUACUUUGAGGUGGAACUUCAGUCAAGUGACCCCCAUUUGGAGCUUAUCUUGGAGAACUGCUGGGCUACCCGUCAAGAAGACAGGACCUCUGUCCCCAGUUGGGACAUCAUUGUGGACAGCUGUGAGAACCCUGACGACAAAUAUGCAACCAUUUUCCACCCUGUUGUAAUGGAUGACAGAGUUUCAGUUCCCUCUCACAUCAAGCGCUUCUCAAUGAAGAUGUUUACUUUCAUUCAGGAUGACAAGGUUCUGCAAGAUGAGAUCUACGUCCACUGUGAUGUUGUUGUUUGUGACCAAACUAGCCCUGCUGAAGGGGUCUGCCAAGGCCAGUGUACUCACUCAGGCAGGAAGCCCUCACACAAAGGGGAAAGGAGACAAAGUAUAGGCUCAACCCACCAAAAGAUCUCCUCUGGACCCAUUGCAUUGACAAGUCAAAUGUCCUAAUAAAGAAAGUUCUUAAACA